UUCAUAUCUUUUUAAUAAUUCAUCAAUGCCACAUUGAGAAAUGUCAACUAUUUUAUUUUGUUUAUCCAUCUGUCAUUUAAAAUUUGAUAAGGUUAUUGAAGCAGGUACGGUUCGAGACAUAUUUUAAAAUGAACAUCGAUAAAGACGAUGAUGAAUUUUGGCUCAGCAGCGAGAAGCGAUCAUUCUGCUUCGAAAACAAUGAGGUGGAUCAAUUGUUUGGAGUAUCGAAGAAUGAAACUGAAAAAUUGUGGGCUGGGAUCUCAAAUAGAUCACUUUCCGAAAAUAGUUUUAGAUUUACCGAUGAUCAAACGACAAAACCAUUGUUCUCGAUCAUAUCUGAAAAGACACUUUCAUGCAUUUUAGCUGCGGACAAGUUAGAAAAUAUAAAUACAGAAACAGCUAUUGAGCAACCAGAUAUUACUUUAAGAAAGAUAUUGCUUGGUCAGCCAUACUCAUUAGAACAAUACAAGUCUUUUGCUAGCAAAACUGCUUUAUUAGAUGCUGCUAUUUUAAGCGGAGAUGGAAAUGCUGUUUUAAUAAUAAUUUUAUUUCUUACAAAGACUUUGAAACGAUCACUUGUGCAAAGAUUACUAAUAGAGAGACCAGAGGCAGUUAAUAUAUAUAUACAUUAUCUUUUUAUAAGACUGCAAACAAAUGAAAUAACUGAUAUUUUGACAAUGCUUGGUCAUUCUUUGACUGCUGCUAUGAAGAAUCUUCAUAUUAUUAUAAGAAACACAAGAGAUCCAAACAGAUUGCUGCAAAAACUUCAAAAUUGUCAGAAAGCACAUUUUGCCAUGUUACCUGAUUGUAAAGAAGCCACGUUUUUGGAAUCUUACAUUAAGUUGUUAGAAUGGCAAAUGACAAUCAAACAGAAAACGGAUAAUGAAGAGCUCCCAUUAAAUUCUUCUAUUCAAGAAUCUUUGCAUUAUGCAUGCAAACAUCAUUAUAAUACACCAAAUACAUUUGUUGUGAUAUCACCUACAAUGCUCUCUCAGAAUCAUGACAUUUCUCCUAGAUUAUAUCAAAAAGUCGCUUUACAAGUUAAAGCUGCCUAUGGUGAAUGGGACGACAUUGAUCGUUUACUUAUAACAAAAAGAAUACUUGGUAAUACAAAGCUACAAACACAUUUGUACAUAGAAGAUAUUUUAAAAGUACUGUACAAACACAAUGCACCAUGCGCCAUUCUCGAAAAGUAUUUGAAAUUUGUCGACAAUUUAGAGAAACGAUUGGAGUUGGCAAAAAAGUUAUCUUGCCAUACAAUAGUAAUCGAUAUAUUUGUACAACAAGGGGACCGCAUGAUGCUGAUGGAUUACAAAGCAAAAUUGCAACCUCAAUCGGAAGAAUAUUUUUAUGCCGAAAGUGCGUUGCGCUUACCACACGUUAAAUGGAAGAGUUAGGUUUGUUGAAUAUAUGAUUAAUAAACAUAACAAAUAAUAUAUAUUUGAAAAUUAUAUGUAAUUAUUGUUUUCUCACGA